AUGGCAUCGCCCCCGCCAGAGGAGCCCCCUCAGCCCGCCGCUGAAGCCGAAGCAGAGCCCGCGCCCGUGUGCCCGGUCUGCCAGGGUCCCGAGACGCUGGUGCUCCCCUGCGGGCACAGCCUGUGCCAGCCCUGCCUGCUGCUGUGCCAGGCCGAGCUGGGGCAGGGGCAGUCGGGCUGCACCGAGUGCUUCGGCAAGGAGCUGCUGAGCAACGUGCUGAAGGUGCUGCAGGACACGCUGUUCCAGGGCCACCUGCGGCGGGCGCGGCCCCUGGGGGCAGACGGGGGGUGGGGGGAGGAGGAGGGGGGGGACGCGGGGGACAAGCCCUGGGAGCUGUGCGCCGAGCACGGCCACAGGAUAGGGCUCUACUGCACCGAGGACCAGGAGCUGCUGUGUGACCAGUGUGUGAGAGAGGAGCACGACGAUCAUCUCACCUGCUCCACAGAGGAGGCCGUGGAGGACUGUAAGAGAGAGCUGAGAUCCACACUGAGGCCCUUGCAGGAGAAGCUGGAGACUCUGAAUGCUGCCAAGCAGACCUGUGACGACACAACAGACCACAUCAAAAAACAGUCCGAGCACACAGAGCGGCUGAUGAAGGCCGAGUUUGAGAAGCUCCACCAGUUCCUGCGCGAUGAGGAGGCCGCUGCGAUAGCCGCUCUCAAGGAGGAGGAGGAGCAGAAGAGCCGCAAGAUGAAGGAGCGACUCAACAGACUGACCGGCGAGAUCGCCGCUCUGAUGGGCGCCAUCAGCACAGCCGAGGAGGCCAUGGAAACUGACCACUUGCUGUUUCUAAAGAACUAUAAGAAGAUAUCUGACAGAACUCAGUGUACCAUGCCUGAUCCACCAGAACUAUCAGAAUCGCUGAUUGAUGUUGCCAGUCACGUGGGGUGCCUUAAGUACAGAGUCUGGGAUAAGAUGCAAAGUAUCGCUCAGUACAACCCCGUGACCCUUGACCCCAACACAGCAGACGUUUGUCUGUCGGUGUCCGACGACCUCCUCACAGUCUGCUACACGGAGGAGGAUCAGCAUCUGCCCGACAACGCGGAGCGCUUCUGCUUCUACGAGUGCGUGCUGGGCUCCGAGGGCAUCAUCUCGGGCUGCCACUGGUGGGACGUGGAGGUGGGCGACUGCUCCGAGUGGGCCCUCGGCGUGGUCCUGGACACCGUCCAGCGCAAGGAGUGGUUCCCGCCCAGCCCCGAGCGCGGCUUCUGGACCAUCUGCCUGUUCGGCGGCGAGUACCGCGCCCGCACCGCCUCCAACACGCCCCUGGCGCCCAAGAAGAAGCCGCAGCGGGUGCGCGUGCAGGUGGACUACGAGCGGGGGCGCGUCACCUUCUCCGACCCCAGUGACAACGCGCUGCUCUACAGGUUCAAGCAGAAGUUCACGGAGAUGGUGUUCCCCUACUUCUCCAACACCUGCAAGCGCCACCCACUGCGCCUCUCCACCGGAAAAGUCUUAGUCAUCACUGACUAAGUUGCACUAAUGCCUUGGUAGACUGUACUAAGAUGAACUACUGCUUCUGUAGUCUCUGAACUAAACUGCACUAAUGCUUCUGCAGUCUCUGAACUAUGCUGAACUAGUGCUUCUGUAGACUCUGUACUAAGCUCCACUAAUACUGUAGUCUCUGUGCUAAGCUGCAC